CAAGACCGUGCCUGAGCUGUUUUAGCAGGUGCUUCUCUGGCGUUUUUGUCCUUCCCACUGGGACUUAACCUUCUGAACUUUCCCACAAUCUGCCUUGCCUCAGAGUCUGUGUGUUACCCCAGAGCCAAGAGCCUAACACAGCUAGCUACGUCUAUUGGACACGCCUCUCCUCUGGCUCCGCCCCAACCCAUGUGGCACCGCCCUGCUGACAACUCCGGCCCUCCACCAGUUCUGCGGCCAUGGUUGCGCUCAAGGGCAUCCCGACAGUGCUGUCGCCUGAGCUGCUGUUCGCGCUUGCGCGGAUGGGGCACGGAGAUGAGAUUGUUCUUGCAGAUGCAAACUUCCCUACCUCCUCCAUCUGCCAGUGCGGUCCUGUAGAGAUCAGAGCAGAUGGCCUGGACAUUCCAGUGCUCCUGGAGGCUGUGCUGAAGCUGCUGCCCCUGGACACCUAUGUGGAAAGCCCGGCUGCUGUCAUGGACCUGGUGCCCAGUGACAAGGAGAGGGGCUUGCGGACCCCAGUAUGGAACCAUUAUGAAUCCCUUCUGCUCAAUGCUGGCUGCAAGACAGCCCUGAUGAAAAUAGAGAGAUUUGAAUUCUAUGAACGUGCAAAAAAGGCAUUUGCUGUUGUUGCAACUGGGGAGACAGCACUCUAUGGAAACAUCAUCCUUAAGAAGGGAACCCUUGAUCUCGGACCCUCAUAGAGACCACACCAGGCUGAGAAUUGGCUAUGCCUGAACCCAAUCAGCAGGACUUCUCUUGGCAGCACCCAGACCUGGACACCAGCUCUGGGUUCAAGAAGAUGGCAGAUCUUGAGAGACUGCUGACCCUGAAAGAGAUUCCCCUUCUGAUCUGUAAAAUUGAUGAGGGAGGAAGAACAGUCAUUGUCAAUCUUUCAUCUAAAGGUUUUGUACUCAUAAA